AUGUCGCUCCCCUCCAAAUAUGCGCCGGGAGGGAUAAGUCCCAGUGAUGAACACCGCACUGUGACUACAGGUACACCGCGAGCUAGGAAACCUAUAAACUACACUAUACGAGUAAUUGAAGAUCGGAUUGAAGACGCCGUUCAGCAUCUGCAGCAACACCAUCAUCAUCACCACCAAAACCACUACCAAAACCAAAACCAAAACCAUUACCAAAAUCACAUUAGAAGAUCAUCAGAUGAUAUAGAAAUGGUAGGUAUGGAUGAUUAUAAAGAAGUAGAUGUAAUAUCUGAAUUUGUUAAUUACUCUCGUGGAUCCGGUGACCUUGUAUAUAGCGAUUCUAUGGAUGGUAUAGAACAUUACAGUACUCAAGUAGAAGUUAUUGAAGGUAAUGUUUCGUAUAUGGUUAUAGAUACUAAUUUCAUAUUAUCUCAUUUGAAUAUUCUUGAUCAAAUGAAGAAUCUUGCUCAUAAAUAUGGGUUAAAGAUGAUUAUUCCUAUUGCCGUAAUGCAAGAAUUGGAUGGAUUAAAGAAUUCCACUAGAAACGUAAGUGAAUCUGAAGAUCGAAUAUCAGGUAAGUCUGUAGGUCAUUUGGCUCGUUGGGCUAAUGAUUGGAUCUUUUCUCAGUUUGCUAAGAAUAGUACCGUUGUUCAAGGUCAGAAUCUACGUCAAAGAAUUGAUAAAUCUACUCUACAAGAUGAUGCGAUAUUAGAUUGUUGUCUUUGGUGGAAGCAAAAUCAUCCUAAAUCCUUAGUAGUAUUGUUUUCUAACGAUAAGAAUUUCUGUAUGAAGGCGCUUGCUAAUCAUAUCUUGACGGUUAGCUUUAGAAAAGAUAUGACUGCCGAACUAAUUGCCAAAGUAAUUCAUGAUGAGAAUGUUCGAAUAUUCGGUGAAUUAAAAUCAGAAACUGUACAUAGAACCCAAGUAAUAGCGGCUGAACCACCGAUUAUUUCACCAGCUGAACCAUCUGAUGAAUGGAAGGAUGCUACGAAAAGUAUUAUUGAGUUCUCUAGCUUCUCAGAAGUAGCUUUUCGUGUACAUUAUGAGAUUCAAACAGUAACUCUUUCUGCUAUUCAUCAUUGUAUGGAAAAUGAAUAUGGUGAAGAUUUAGAUUUAUUACGAGAUUAUGAUAAGAACUCCAUAGUUACAUUAUAUGAUUGUUCUCAGGUAUUUAUAAGGUUCUGGUUUACAGUAUUUCAAGCUUGUUUCAAAAAAUUGCCCAAUAAACUAGUGCCGUUUGAAGAAGAUGGUCAUGGAAGAAAUUCAAUCAAAACUCCUAUUCAUGUGGAUAUACCUACAGAUCCAAAAUGA